UCAACAAGGAAAACUAGGAAAGGAAACAAUGCAAAACGAAAAAACUCAGUGCCCAGACCCUAGACUGGUAAAGAGUACACACUGAUAGACUGCCAGGUCGUGCAUUUAGAGGGCAGCUCGUGACAUAUUGUGGAUUGUUUGUUUAAUAUAUCCCUGAAAAUAUCAUACAUCAUGCAGGAUACCAAACAAGUGCUCCAGAUCUUUCGUUGCGCUGUGUGGCUCAAGGCUUCAGUUUGAAUUGCUGAGGACAUGAACUGUUUAACCAGUGCAGGAGUUAGGCUGCAGAAGAUCUUCUGAAAAGGCUAUUUCAAGGGUUAGACCUCUGGGGAUUUCAAGAACGCACUUAGGCUCGUAAAGACUUUGGAUGGGAUACAUACAGCUAGGUGUCUAAAACAGAUUGAGAACCAUCGGAUGCCCAAAUCCUCCGGUGUACCAUUGCCUUCAGGCCCAAUGAUUAUUCCGACCAGUGCCCCCGACAAAUCCCUCAAUGCAGUCUGGCUAAAGGACAGCGAGCUGGAGCCACGUCGAAUUGAGUCAAGAGAGGAUGCCGCAAGGUUGCAAAGAGCCAUGUCUCACCUUCAGGAGUCAGGCUGGUACUGGGGCCCCCUGACAGCUGCUCAGGCUAAGCAGGUUCUGAUUGAUGCUCCAGAGGGGACUUUCCUUUUGCGGGACAGCUCCUACCAGGGAUACCUCCUCACCCUGUCUGUGAAGACCAGCCUUGGCCCCACACACCUCCGUAUAGAGCACGCCACUGGCAUGUUUGGCUUCGACUCUGUAAUUGUGGCACGGCCACGACUGCGGCGUUUUGAGGGUGCUGUAGAUCUGGUGCAGCACUAUGCCCUGACUUACAAGCAUCUGGCCACUCAAAAUGACACAGGGGGGGGUAACCCUUCGGCCCCUACAGAGAAAACUCUGCAGCUCAAACUCACCCGGCCCCUCCAUAAAGUCUCCCCUAGUCUCCAGCACCUUUGCCGCAUCACUAUCAACCAGCAUUCUCGCUGUCACCAGGACUUACCCUUGCCUAGGCGGCUACGGGACUUUUUGCUGGAAUACCCUUUUGUGUUGUAGGAAAUGUUAAUCAGAUUUUUUGAUACUCCUGAAUUGUACUGUUAAAUCUGACAAUUUCGAUCAAUGUCCUAAUAUAGUGCUGAAAAUUAAUAUGAAUCAUAAAGAUUUCCGGACCAUAGUCUUGCUGCAAAUGUGGCUGAUCUGAGUGUCCUAUUCAUUCCUAUUUUUUCUGAAUCCUGGAGUGUAACUUGGUCAUUAUCAAGGUUGUGUAGUUUCAGCUGAUCUCACGAACGUUUUUUUUUUUUAAAGACUGUCAUUGUGGUAAUCAAUUUCAGGUCCAACUUAGGUUUCCUUAUAGAUCUUUGAGAUGCUGAAAUAACCAUCUCUUGAACUGAGGAAUAACACAAUAACAAAUAGCAAAAUGCUGCUUGUGAAGCCUCCUCAUAUCCUUCAACACUGCCUUAUGUGUAAAUGAGUGUGCUUUCUAUCAUGGUUUAUUUGCGACCAUCGCAGAGCUAUUUGGAUUUGACAUUGAUCUGUUUUUAUGUGUGACAG